AGUUGGUUAAAUGUACAAAAACAAACACAAAACUUUUUAACUAGCAGUAAAAUGUAUUGGCAAUAACAAACAUCAGAAAUAAGCUUCUAUUCACUCGUUAUAAGUGUGCCGCCUCUUACCGUCGCGCCGGCGUCCUAAUGAGGCGGAGCCCUUCGCAACCUGCGCUCGUGGGUGUGCUCCGAUACUGCGAGAGUUUUGAUGACACACUGAACUCAGCAACGCCAGAUUCCUCACACCGGGACCAGAACCAUGGGGAAGACAGGUGGGAGAGCCGACUUUGAGUGGGUCUACACCGACCAGCCGCACACCGCCCGCAGGAAGGAAAUCCUGGCCAAAUAUCCAGAAAUCAAGACCCUGAUGGGUCCGGACCCCCAGCUGAAGUGGGUUGUGUCUGGCUUGGUCCUGACCCAACUCGUCGCCUGCUACCUGGUGCGCGACCUCUCCUGGAAGUGGAUCUUCUUCUGGGCCUACGGCUUCGGCGGGUGCAUCAACCACUCGCUGACUCUGGCCAUUCAUGACAUUUCUCACAAUGUGGCCUUCGGGAACAAGCUUGCAAAGUGGAACCGCUGGUUCGCCAUGUGGGCCAACCUGCCCAUCGGGCUUCCCUACUCCGCCUCCUUCAAGAAGUACCACAUCGACCACCACCGGUACCUGGGCGGCGACCAGCUGGAUGUGGACAUCCCAACAGAGUGGGAGGGAUGGUUCUUCUGCACGCCGGCUAGGAAGGUCCUCUGGCUCUUUCUGCAGCCGUUUUUCUACGCCUUGAGGCCGUUGGUGGUCAACCCUAAACCGGUGGGUCCGAUGGAGAUCCAGAACACAGUGGUUCAGCUCCUAGUAGACGCAAUCAUCUUCUACUUCUGGGGGCUAAAGCCGAUUGUUUACCUCAUUGCUGGAUCCAUUUUGUGCCUGGGGAUCCAUCCGUUCUCUGGACACUUCAUAGCAGAACAUUACAUGUUUCUGAAGGGACACGAGACGUAUUCGUACUACGGGCCGCUGAACUUCCUCACCUUCAAUGUUGGAUACCACAUGGAGCACCAUGACUUCCCCAGCAUACCUGGCAGUAAACUACCUCAGGUGAAAAAGAUCGCAGCGGAGUAUUACGACUCGCUGCCGCAGCACAUUUCCUGGUUCCAGGUGCUGUGGGACUUUGUGUUCGACGAAAACAUCGGCCCUUACGCCAGAGUCAAACGGGAGUACAAGCUAAGCAAACUGGAAUAGAUUUCUAGAGAUAUUUAUACAGAAAACGUAAAUAAAGCUGGUAUACUGCUACUUACACUGCAAAAACACAAAAUCUUACAGAGCAUUUUAGUUUACUUUUAGUGCAAACGUCUUUUCAACAAGAUAUAGGAGCUUGUUUUAAGUUAAUUAUUCCUUAAUAUUGAUGAAUAAGUUCCAGUUUUUUCAAGAAUUAUUGACAUCUUGCUAAAAUGCUACUUGCAUGUUUGUUUUGUAUGACGGCGUAUUAAGGUCGUUGUAGACAAAAAAAAAAAAACAAAAAAAAAAAAAAGAUUAAAUUUCUGCCAAAAAACUCAGAAAUGUUCUAGAAAAAUCUUGGGAACUUCUCAGCUUGAAAAAUCAAAAAUAUGCAACAAAAAUGUCAGAAAUUUUCUAGAAAAAAAC